AUGACAUAUCAAAUGGCCAGAAAAUACACGGUGAAAUCUAGUUCGCGUAGAUGGCCCCUCCAAAUAUUUUUUAACAUUUUAGAUUUGGCUGCAAUAAAUGCUUGGAUCCUGUAUAAAGAAGUGACCCGAAUACAAAUAGAACGAAAACAGUUCCUAUUUAAAUUAGCAGAACAGCUUUCCGUCAAUUACACAACCGAAAGACAGAAAAAUUCAUCACAACAGGAAAACUCAGAAGUAUCAACUGCAACAUCUUCAAGUACCAGAGAUUCAACCAAACGAAAAAUUUGUCAAAUACGACUUUGCCACAACAACAAAACAAAUAAUGUUUGUCAAAAAUGUCAAAAGUAUGUUUGUGGACGAUGUACAUCCAAAAUGAUUUGCACUGUCAUUUGCUUGAAAUAUCCAGAUAAUGUAUAA